AUGGAGGACUUGAUCGCGGAGGCGGUUCGCGCCGAGGGCGACGAAGGCGACAUGGUCCGGCUGCUCAUCGACAUCGCGGCCCAAGCCGAGGACGACGUCGGCCUCCGGACGCAGGCCAUCAAGGUCAGUGGGCAGCUCGUCCGCCGCCGGUGCGACGCGCUGCGCCCGAUCGACCACGCGUCCAUGAGCAAAGGGCCGAUCCAAGACCCGCCGGCGCUCGCCGGGCCAUAUGCACUCGUGGCAACCUACCUCUCGCUCAUGAAGAAGCUUGUGGCCGAGCCAGGUGACCAGACCGCCCAGCUCGCCGAGGUCGUGCGGACGCUCCACGACCUCCUUGUCGCCCACACCAACCCGUAUGACGUGUACAGCCUCUGGGACGCGCUU